AUGGUAUCAGAGCACUGCAAGUUUAUCCUUGCCAUCCCUAUUUUUUUGACAUCUUCAGAUAAUCCAGGUGUUAACCUAAUCAACGUCAAUUUUGAUGGAGCCAGCUAUGCAAACUGGUGCACGGGAGUACUGAUUUCAUUGUCAGCCAAAAAUAAAUUAGGGUUUAUCAAUGGAUCUUGUCCAUGUCCAUCUUCUGAUUCUCCUUUGAUUGAUCAGUGGCAAAGGUGCAAUGACAUGGUCAUUGCUUGGCUACUUAAUUCCCGUAGUAGAGAUAUUGCAGAAAGUGUAAUCUACUCACAGAAGGCUGAAGAACUUGGAAUGAAUUGGAGGAGAGGUAUGGUCAAGCAGAUGGUACCAAGUUGUUUUAACUGCAAAGAGAACUUAAUAAUAUCAGUCAAGGAACAAGUGACAUGGCAGGAUAUUUAA